AUGUCUCCAGAACCUUUCUCCAAUCCAUCUGCUGAGAGUCCUCCUCAGCCUAGUUUGAUCUCCAUCCCAGACAAUCCCGUAGCCAGUGCGGGCGCAGCUCACCCGGGGAAACCAACCCUCAUGGUAACCCCGGCCAUGGAUCAGGCAGGCCCGAACGAGGGUGGGCUCCUGACAAACACCAAUCACUCCCGCACUCACAACCGUAAUCGCUCCAGCGUCGAUGGGACUAAAUACAAAGACGGCCAGUGGACUCCAGAAAAUGAGAGGAUCGUGCUGGGCCCAUACGAUUACAUGCUCCAACACCCCGGCAAGGACAUACGGCGGCAGCUCAUCAACGCCUUUGAUGUGUGGCUGAAGGUGCCUUCGGAGAGCCUGGAGAUCAUCACCAAGGUGGUUGCCAUGCUCCAUACAUCUUCAUUACUGAUCGAUGAUGUUGAGGAUAAUUCCAUCCUCCGACGCGGAAUCCCAGUCGCCCAUAAUAUAUAUGGCACCGCGCAGACCAUCAACUCUGCGAACUACGUGUACUUUCUUGCUCUGCAGGAGGUGCAGAAGUUGAACAACCCGACUGCCAUCGACAUCUACGUUCAAGAGCUAUUGAAUCUACACCGUGGUCAGGGAAUGGACCUCUUCUGGCGGGACACUCUGACAUGUCCUAGCGAGGAGGAUUAUCUGGAGAUGGUCGGGAAUAAAACCGGGGGACUGUUUCGACUUGCCGUGAAGUUGAUGCAAGCCGAAAGCAGCUCUGGAAAGGACUGUGUGAGCCUCGUCAACGUCAUGGGACUAAUUUUCCAGAUCUGCGACGAUUACCUCAAUCUGUCCAACACCACGUACACGAAGAACAAAGGUCUCUGCGAAGACCUCACGGAGGGGAAGUUCUCGUUCCCCAUUAUCCACAGUAUCCGCUCCAACCCGGGAAAUCACCAGCUCAUCAGCAUCCUCAAGCAGAAGACUAAGGAUGAAGAGGUCAAGCUGUACGCAGUGAGUUACAUGGAGAGCACUGGCAGUUUUGCGCACACUCGGGGCGUCGUCCGAGAAUUGCGCGAGAAGGCACUGGCGCUGAUCCGAGACAUCGACGGUGAACAACCGGACGGGCCCGAUGACGGCGCCAUGGUCCGGGCGAUUCUCAACAAGAUCACCGAGUCAACACUGAGAGAGUGCAGUCAAGAGUCAUGAUUGAUGGGGAGUCAUUGCUCACUCGGGGGAUUAGCCCAGCCCUCCCCGGUUGGUAGGUUGAUUGGAUAGUCUUCGUAUUUGUGAAGAAUGUUGAACAUGAAACAUUUUGGUCUAUUGGGUGCCUUGGAUGCAUGCACUCGUGGCGUUUCUAAUACGAACCCAUCUUUCUUUUUGGUGGCCCGUAACAAAUGCCCGCCCAAGAAAUAUUAUACGGGAAGAUUCUAGAAAUGAAUCCAACACAACUGAACCCCGGGGUAUAUGUAAUCCACCUGCCAAUGCGAGAAUGCCAAUGCGAUCAAUCACAGUUCCUACACUAGGACUCACCCCGCCCUAUCUGGUCUAUACCAAUCGAGUCAGAUGCCGGCUGACCUAACAUCUCCAAACCCGGGACAUGAUU